AUGCCAUUUACUCAAUUUUUGGAUAACUAUUCAGAUAAUCUUGUUGUUCAAUAUGCUAUUAUUUUUGCAUUAUUAUUAGGGGUCUUCAAAUUGACAGUGUUUUCACUCAAAUUUGCCUCAUUAGUAUAUGAUAUUUUUUUGGCACCACCAACUGAUUUCUCCAAAUACGGUGCUGCCAGUGGGAAAUGGGCCGUUGUUACCGGUGCUUCCGAUGGAAUUGGUAAAGAGUUUGCCUUUCAAUUGGCUAAAAAGGGGUUCAGCAUUGUUUUAGUUUCAAGAACUCAAUCAAAAUUAGAAUUGAUUGCUACAGAAAUCGAAACUAAAUAUAAGGUUAACACCAAGAUUGUUGCAUUUGAUGCUUCUACUGAUGAUGAAGAGAACUAUUUGAAAUUGGAAAAAACUGUCUUUGACUUACCUAUCACAGUAUUGAUCAAUAAUGUCGGACAAUCACAUUCUAUUCCAGUUCCAUUCUUGAAAACUGAAAAGAAAGAAUUGAAAGACAUUAUUACCAUUAACACCACUGCCACAUUAAGAAUCACUCAAGUUGUUGCUCCUAUUAUUGUUUCCACUGUUGAAAACCCACACCCAAAACAGUUGCGUGGAUUAAUUUUGACUAUGGGUUCAUUUGGUGGGUUAUUACCAACACCAUACUUGGCCACGUAUUCCGGCUCCAAAUCUUUUUUGCAAGCUUGGUCUGCUGCUGUAGCUGGUGAAUUACAAGAUGACCAUGUUGAUGUUGAGUUGGUCAUUUCCUAUUUAGUUGCUUCUGCUAUGUCCAAAAUCAAGCGUGCUUCCUUGACUAUUCCAAACCCUAAACAAUUUGUCACUUCCACUUUGAAUGGUGUUGGUCGUCGUAACGGUGCUCAGGAAAGAUUUGCAACUUCAACUCCUUACUGGACCCAUGCUUUGAUGCAUUUUGCUAUCGAUAAUACUGUUGGUGUUUAUUCAAAAAUUGCUAAUAAAUUGAACUUACAAAUGCAUCAAUCUAUCCGUCAAAGAGCUCUAAAGAAAGCUGCUAGAUUAGCUGCUGAUAAUGAAAAGAAGGAUUAA